CCACCCCACUUCCUCUCCGCGUCACUGGACGGGAAAAGUGCUCGAACAAAGCCGUCCGGUUGGCUUCUCGGGGCUCCGGGAAGAGCCGUUCCGGGUGGAAGGAGCUGAAAUAAGAAAAUCGAGAGGCAGCACCGGCUGCGGCUAAAGCAGCAACAUGAAGAAGGAGCAAGUGCUCCACUGUCAGUUCUCCGCUUGGUACCCGCUGUUCAGGAGCCUCACUAUCAAGAGUGUCAUUCUUCCACUGCCUCAGAAUGUGAAGGAUUAUUUACUUGAUGAUGGAACUCUGGUGGUCUCAGGAAGGGAAGAUCCACCAACAUGUUCUCAACCAGAUAGUGACAACGAGGGAGAAGAAAUACAGUGGUCAGAUGAUGAGAACACAACAACACUUACGGCACCAGAGUUUCCUGAGUUUACCAUUAAAGUUCAAGAAGCCAUUAAUUCCCUGGGGGGUAGUGUAUUUCCUAAACUAAACUGGAGUGCACCAAGGGAUGCCUACUGGAUAGCGAUGAAUAGUUCUCUGAAGUGUAAAACCCUCAGUGACAUCUUUCUACUUUUCAAGAGUUCUGACUUCAUUACGCAUGACUUUACUCAACCGUUUAUUCACUGUACUGAUGAUUCCCCAGACCCUUGUAUGGAAUAUGAGCUUGUUCUUCGAAAAUGGUGUGAAUUAAUUCCAGGGGCAGAAUUCAGAUGUUUUGUCAAAGAAAAUAAGCUUAUUGGUAUAUCACAGAGGGACUAUACGCAAUACUAUGAUCACAUUUCUAAACAAAACGAAGAGAUCUGUAGAUCCAUACAGGAUUUUUUCAAGAAACACAUACAAUAUAAAUUCUUAGAUGAAGACUUUGUAUUUGAUGUAUACCGAGAUAGUAUGGGCAAAGUGUGGCUAAUUGAUUUUAAUCCAUUUGGUGAAGUAACAGACUCACUACUGUUCACAUGGGAGGAAUUAAUAUCUGGAAAAAACUUAAAAGGUGACCAAAAUGAAGGAGAGGCUCUGGAACAGGAUUCUCCAGCUUUUCGUUGUACAAACAGUGAAGUUACAGUACAACCAAGUCCCUACCUGAGUUAUCGGCUACCUAAAGAUUUUGUAGACCUCUCCACUGGUGAAGAUGCUCAUAAACUAAUAGACUUUCUAAAACUGAAAAGAAAUCAACAAGAAGACGACUUAGAAGAGCCAUAGAGUCGAAAGCUUAAGUAAAGAGGAAAGCAUGGAGGCUACUUUUGAGGCUGCUUAUAGGCCAUAACUUCCUACCCACCUAAAGAAAAAAAAAUUGCUUUUUGUAUUCAUGUAUAUUCAGCUAGGAAAAAAAUGGAGACUUUGUUACCAUGUAAAAAUAGCAUCAUAAAUAGAGAACUUCAACUUAGGAAACCAUUUUGUUCUAGUGAUAGGAAACAUUUUGUAUGGUCUAAUUGGUCUUUUGACUCAGCCUGUCAAGCCAAAUUAAGCUGAGCUUCUUGCUGCAAUAGUUCUGCGCCCAGUAGGUAGGUGGAUAAACUUGUGUUGCUGUUAUGCAAUAUCGAAUUUAGACUAAUGAGCCUUUUCUUUUGGAAAUAACCCCAGGUUGCUAUGGGCUUGCUUUCUUUCUUCUUUUUAAAGCUUUAAAGAGUUUCUUAUGAUCUUUGUAUCAACUUGAUCUUCAGUUUUUUGCAUAUAACAGAAAGUUUCCAGUUUUACCAGAUUUUCACUGUUUGGUCUUCACGUUCAUAUGGUGUAGUCAAAUUCUAAUGUAAAAUUAACUAUAAUUUGGGGAAGAUAUCCCUCUGUUUUGUUUUAAGAAUUAUGUGAUGUUGAUUCUCCCAGUGGAUAAACCCUUAUCUGAAAGUAUAUUUGGUACCUUGGGGACUGAGGGCCACAGUGGAAGCCCAACAAAAUGAGUGCUAUGUGUAUUUCCAAGCCCAUCUUGUGCUUAACUUGUAAAAAACACAUUGUGUAAUAGAGAUAGAAAGAGGAAAAAAAGGUAAAUACUAGCAUUUCUCUCCCUUUAACAACACAUCCAUAUAUGUAAUCUAUGACUGUGGGCCAGGAACUCCACCCACAGGGCUCUAGACUACUGCCUAGGACUGUUAGGUUCAGUGAAGUGGCCCAGCUUGGGAGAGGGAGUUGCUGUAUCAAGGAGUUCUUUCUAAUCAAUGAAAUGACAAGCCCAGCUCUAUCCCUGCUUUGCAUAUACACUGCAGUAAGCAAGAGAGCCAUUCACAUACUCCUUCCUGGCAAAUAAAGACCGCGCGGUAGAAGGCAUCAUUCCUAUUUGCUCAUUUCAGAUCCAGAUUGCCCCAGUUUGCUUUUAAAUUGUGAGCCAUUAUCACUCUCUCAGGCUGUUGCCUCUGCCAGUCCUCAGUAACCAAUAGAUAUUGGUUGGGAAGUGAAAGAACAUACCAGGUGUUCUCCUUUGUUUAAAUUGCCCACAAGGCUGCCUUAACCCAAAGAAUAAGAAGUUUGAUGUACACAAGACUAGACUCCCCUGUGACUAAGGCUUAGUGCUGAAUUCUUGUUCCUUUAGAAAAUUUGUACUGCUUUUAUUCCUUUUACUGAAUCAGUGCUGAACUGUAGGCCAGUUUAGAACAGAGACUGCCACCAAUCCAGUUCCUAGAGUGCACCAUGAACAUCCUAAGCUUGGCUUCAUCACUGGGAACCACCCAGAGAGCAAGAAGAUAUUACAGGCACAUGCUCUUUGGGGAUAUCUGAUUUUUUCUGAGGAAAAGGAAACACUAAGAACCCACAAUUAGGUAUUUGGGGACAACUCUAGAUAAGUCUGUCCUCAGAGGGUUCAGAGCCAGGGCAAAUCCUAUUAUGUCCCAUGCAUUUAUCCAGGUCAAAUCUGGCUCAAAUGUUGACCUUGAGGAGGAAAAGAAUUCUCACAUGGGCAACUUGAGAUGAGUUUUGGUCAGGAAAGAGAAACUCUAACUCUCUCUCUCUCUCUCCUCUUUUUCUUCCUUUUCUUCCUUCCCCUCCCACCCUCACUUUUCAAACCUGCCCUCCCCCACCUCCCUGAUGGCCUUUGUGUGACAUUUCUUCCUACUCAGAGUCAAGAGUCACCCAGGGUAUCCACUUGAGCCAUAUUUCACCAGAAUAAACAUAAGGAAAACAAUGUAAUUUGACUCAGUUCUGUACUCUCUAAGGACUGACCUAUAACUGUCCCUAAUCCCUAAUUUUGGACAUAGAAAUAAACAUACCCAUAUAUACAUUAUAUUCAUACCAACCUAUGAUUUCUUUUUUUAAGCACCUGAUUGGAGAGGACUCAUCUUUUGCUCUCAGUGGUAUGACUAGAGGUUUCUGAUCUGCAGAUGGUGACAACAUAAGGAUCUCCAGCAAACGCUGGUCCCUCAGGCUCUAUGGAUACCCUCUCUCCUCCCCCCCCCCCCGGGUUUUGUAGUUUCCUCCAGGACAAGGACACUAAUUACCAAACUUCCCAGGACAAGGGUGUGCCCAGGAUGAACAAAUGGCAGUGGUCUUUAGCUCAGAUGGAAGAAGUACUCAUGCCUAGCCAGAUAGAUCCUAAUGGGAAGACUAUGAGGACUACUGUGGUCUCUACAGCAGAGAAGUAUGUCCCUUGGGAAGAAACUCUUUACAGAUCUUAUAGCUCAGAAGGAAAUUAAGAAUCCCAAGUCCUAGUCCUUCCUUUGAUACAUUAAUAAAUUACUUCACCUCACUUGAUCCUAGAUUUUCAAUUAUCAAUUGGGAAUGACAGUUCUUACCUGUGCAACCCCACAGUAGGAAGAAUGCUGGAUCUGGAGUCAGGGGACUUGGGUUUGAAUCCUGGCUUUGAAACAUAUGAUGUGCAUCAACUUGGACAAAUCAUUUUCCCUCUUUGGGCCUCAGUUUCUUCAUCUGUAAAAUCAGAGAAUUGUUCUAGAUGACCUUUAAUGUCUCUUCUGAAUCUAGUAUUUCGUGAUUGAGCACCUAAAAUCCUAAGCUUCUUAGAACUUUAGAUUAUAUCUUUCACCAUUUAAGUAGCAUCAUCCCUUAUUUCUUUGUGAUAUGGUGGGGUUUUGCUUGAAUUAUGUUUAUGAUUCAAAUACCUUUUCUUGACCCCAUAAUCUUUCAAGUCUGAGGAGAUGCUGUUGCAGUUGUGUCCUUAUUGAACAUGUUGGAAUAAAGAAUUUAUUCGUGCAGGUGAUAAUAAUAAGAUGGGCUUCUGUUUUGAUUUUAUUUUGGUAAAAAUAUCAGUUCUUACUAGAGACAUAAUUUCUAUGCUAACUUGGCUCUUGGCAGUUUUUUUUAACUUAAUAUAAGCCCUCAUGUGAGUCUUUGAGGUUUUUUUUUUUUUUAAAUUAUAAAACCAUAUAGUGUGCUUUUAGAAAAGAACAAAUGUUUGUAUACACAUUUCAGAUGGGACCCAAAUUUUUUAUUAUUAAAAAAAACCAAACUUUUUUCAAAAAAUGUUUUAAAUAUGUGUUCUUCUUUUCAAAGAAAUAUAUAGCCAUUCUUAUGCUCUUAUCCUUGAUACUCAGAGACAGCAUGGUGUAUUAUAAAGAAGACUGUAUUUUGAAGCAGUGAUUUGGGAUCAGUUCCUAGUCCUGCUGCUGACUCUUUGUGGGGCCUUGGACAAGUCAUUAGGCUUCUUGAAAUCCCAAUUUCCCCAUCUGUAAAAUGACUGAUGGCUUGACCAGAUGACAGCUAAAACCACUUCUUGCUCUAAAUCCUAGGAUCUGAAAUUUAGCCUUUAAUCAGAUGGGCACGUGUUCCUGCACAAAUAUUUAGCUUUUGGCCUUUUAGUUUUCCUCGGACAUAAUUUCAUUUAGAAGUGGAAAUAAUAGUUUACAUUUUAAGAAAUAAUGAUUAUCUAUUCACAUUUUCAUUAAGGACUUGUACCUCUGGAGCAUUAUAGAGGCAAGAUUUUCUAAAUACUUGCCUAUCAUCACUUCACUUAUAGGUGGGUCUCAGCUGAAAGGUAUAUAGAUUUUGAAUUAGAACUAAAUAUCCCUACUGGUCACAAAGUACAUGGUUAUUCAUUAUAUAUGUGGAUUAUCCAAGUCUCAAAUAUAGAAUCAGCGAAAGUAAUAAGUAAAGAGCAAUAGCUUAAGAGAGCAGUCGCAGCAAUUUUUAAUAGGCACGUCAAAGGCAGAGCUUUAAGCAGCUUGUAAUUGCAGUAGGCUAUUUUCUAUUAAACUAUUCACAUAUUUAUCUUUUUCUAUUAACAUAGAAUCUUAGAGUUGGAAGGAACGUGAAACUUCAUCUAGUUUAAAUCUUAGUGUAAAUAGAUAACCCAACAAAAUAAGAUGGUAUGAAAAAUGUUUCUCACCGAAGUAUUGAAAGACCAAAACAGGUGUGUCAUCUUCUAUUCUUCAUCCAGGAAAGGGUGCAAUCCCAGACAGGCCUUAAAUUGAGCAAAAUCUCCAAAAACCAUGAUUAAGAUAAUGAGCGUGAGGAAUACAUUUCUAUAUUUCUUUUUAUUUACCAUAACUCUGCUUAUAGAGUAGAGGAUGUUAAUGCUUGCAAAAUCUAGAAGCUGAAGUGGAAUGCUCUGGUAUUCUCAUUCGGUGCUUGGGACUUCAUCUUAUGGAUCUCUUUUCCUGUGAUUUGCAUUUGCCUUUUUUCUUCCUCUUGAGUGUUUUGGGAUAUAAUGGAACUAGAUAGAAAAUCAAGGCUGAGAAAGUCAUACUAUUGAAUAGUCCUAAAAGAAUUAGCCUAAGUACCAUUGGCACAGAGAUGAGCUCACUCUUUGAUCUCACUGACAAACUUGUUAUAUUACACAAAAUGAUCGUUGUUUUAGCUGCUAAUUUUCAACGUUGAGAACUAGUACUCACAUAACUUGCUUCAUUCCCUCUCUGCCACCCCUCCCAUUUAGGACUAAUACCAUCUAUCAGUACUGUGUAAUUGCAUGGUCAGCGAAUACCAAUCGGGUUUGUUCGAAUGCCUUAGGGAUGGGCAUAGGGACUGUGAUUUCACUGGUAUAGUCAACUCGCUUUACUAGGGAAGGUUGGCUCUCUGGCAACUUAAGUGUCAAGAGAAUUGCUUAGAGCACACCGAGAUAUUAAGUGAUUGACCCAGGGUCAUACAGCCAGCAUGUGUCAGAGAUACAAACUUGAAUUCAGGUCUUCUUGGCUUUGAUGGCAGCAUUCUAGCCCCUACCCCAUUCUGCCUGCUUUCACAUAUUAACUGAUUAUAAAUGUGGUUUGUGUUAGUACACGAUACAAAUAAGUGUAAUAGAUGUUCCACAAAACAAGAUAAUGUGAAUAAAAACUAUGACUGCUAAUUUUCUUGAUACUCUUGUUUCUCAAAGUUGAUAUUGCAGCUAUUAUUUUCUAAACAUUCUGUGAAAUACCUGGUAUAUUUUCCCCCUCUUAAUUGGCAGAAUUGACCACAUUUAAAUAUUUUAAAGCUGAUUUUACUUUGUAGAUGCUAAUGAACAACUUGUAUGUCCUCACUCAUUGUAGUCUUAAAAGAAGUAGGAAGUGGUAGAAUUGGGAAAGGGAAAUAGCACUACAGAGGACUAGUUUGUAUCAUCAUUAGGGUUAGAGCUGGAAGAGACUAGAGUCCUCCAGUCCAACCUCUUCAUUGUUCAGAUUUUUAGAAAACUGAAAAUUAGAGACAAAAUUAUUUUCCUAAGGUCACACUUUUGGUUGCUUUGGGUCUAACCGAGGCCCUCUGACUCCCAGUUCAGUACUUUAUACUACAACAUGUUCUCAGGUUCAUCUUUUCCCCUCACAUCAUGUGGAAGUGUUCCAAUCAUAAUUACACCCUGACCCCCAUAUCAUAAAAACAUAUAGAUUUAUUUUUAAAAAUUUUUAUUAAUUCUUUUUUUCCCCCCUUGCAGGGCAAUGAGGGUUAAUUGACUUGCCCAGGGUCACACAGCUAGUAAGUGUCAAGUGUCUGAGGCCGUAUUUGAACUCAGGUCCUACGGAUUCACUGUGCCGCCUACCUGCCCCCUAAAAAAAAGAAUAAAUUCGAUGAAAAUCCACCUUUUCAGAUUCCCACUCCUCCCUUCCCCCUAUUGAAAAGGAAAGGAAAAGAAAGCCUUUGUAAUUAACAGAUCAUAUAGAUUUAUAGCUAGAAGAGACUUACAGGUUAUCUACCAACCAUCUCAUUACAAAUGAGGAAACAGGCACACAGAGGGAAAGUAAUUUGCCCAAGGUCUUAUGGUCAGUGGCAGAAAAGGAAUCCAACCUAGAUCAUCUGACUCCAAAUCUAGCAUAAAAUACUUUCAAAUGUGUCCAGUCAUUGAAAUGAAUAACUGGACUGAUAUCUGGAAGCAUAAUGGAAGUGAGAAAAUUAAAACAUGGCACCUGUGUCUUGUGGGCUGUGAUCUCUAUAAACAUGAUCUUAGAACUGUUCAUGGUUUUUUGUUGUUGUUCUUACUGAUCCUGAGCUGUAAAAUGUGAAUGGUUUAGCACAUUGAGGCUCAUUCCUCUGUAUUCCUAUAAAUGUUACUUUGUUUUGAUAAAAUUUAGUUAUAUUGGAGCUACAAAUACCUUUGAUGUCCCUAAUGAUUACUGACUUCUGUUAGUCUCAUUAUAUAGCACAGAAGCCACCAUGUCUGUUUUUGUCAACAACCAGUUUGAAAACUAAUUGACUUAAAAUGUGUUGUCUAAAUAACUGAUUUUUUUUCCUUCCAUAUUUGGGACGUAUUUGUUUGAUGUAUAAGGAUCUUAGCUGGGAUUAUGGGAUCAUAAUAUUUAUAGACUUUCUUUUCAAAUAAAGAACUGGAAUUGAA